CGCUAAUAUUACCAGAUAUAGUUUCUAAUGCAAUGUAUCUUCUUUUCCUCUGAUACACCAAUGUUGCUGUAUUACUGCAGGUGUUGGAGCAGCAGGCCACACCGUCUUUGAUUUGGGCAGUGAAUACUCAAGAUGUUGGGAUAAAGAAAUUCCGAUCCGCGGUGUCUUCUUUGGCAUUCAGACACCCACACCCCCUCACAUUCCACUUAAUUCUAUCCUGGAUCAACUAUACCGCCACUGGACGGUUGCAAACCUGCCUAUGAUACGUCGACAACUGGAUAGAUGCUAAAUCCAUGACUUCGCCAUCUACUGGAACCAACGGAUGGACAAAAGACCCCGACAAUCCCAAUGUAUCAUAUAAAUACAUCCAAGAAUACACUCCGCCUGGGUUGAUAAAGCGUAUCGGCGGGGGCAAUUCAUCAUUAGUAGGGCUUCUUGAAGAUGGUACCAUCCUAAAAUACCCCCUAAUAAAAGGGGAGGGCAUGAAGAGUCUCACCGUCGAGAACGCCAUCUACGAAGCUCUGGGACACCAUGAUCGAAUCGUCCGGUGCUUCGGCCUCACCUCGAGCGGACUUAAACUGGAAUUCGCAAGUCAGGGACGCGUGACCGAUUAUCUCAGCAGCCAAAACCCUUCACUCGAACUUCGAUUGAGAUGGUGUCGACAAGCUGCCGAGGCGGUCGCCUUCCUCCACUCCAAAGGCGUCAUCCAUUGCGAUCUUCACACCAACAACCUUCUGCUAAACGACGAACUCAACGCCCUGCUCUCAGAUUUCCAGGGCACAUUCAAGGAUCUCGACGGCUAUGCUAUGGAGAGCACCCGCUAUUUCCUGCCACGGGAGGCGACUAAUCCGCCAAAUGAAAAGACGGACAUCUUCGCGCUCGGCACAUUGAUGUACACAAUAAUGCUCGGAGUUGAACCCUAUCCGGAUCUGUCAGACGCAGAAGUGGAGGACCGCUACAGAAGACAGGACUUCCCCGAUACCCACGAUAUCAUCUGCGGGAACACAAUCCUUCGAUGCUGGACCGGAGAGUUCGAAAAUGCCGAAGCAGUGUUUCAAAGCCUUGCACUCUUGGAACAAUGACGAGGAAGGAUUCGAUCCAAUUUCCCAGCUCUCCUACAGCUACGACCGUUUCUUGCUCCAAUAACGUCGCCCCACUAUCUCUCUCUUGUCAAAGAACCAAUCCAUGCACCACAUACAUACGUCUAUAACCCGCAUCUCCCCCUCCUCUCCCUCCAGCAACCCACACCCCCACAUAUUCAGGUCUCGCAGAAGACGACGCACCCACGACCUCCAUCUCUACGCAAGACAUUCAUCACACGGAACCCUCUUCUUCGUGGACCCCAUAUGCCUGUCCGGAAUCUCCGUGCACGGCGCUCCGCACGGUAUCAUUCUAUAAAACACCUUCGCGUGCCCGCAGGUGUGCACAUUCGUGUGGACUUCGCGGACGCACAUGGCUGUGCCAACUGUGCGGGGAAACGGUUUG